GAGCUGGAGGCUGAGACCUCCGACCACUUGGACAUCGAUCACCAGCUGGAGAAUGCCGGGGGCGAUGGCUGCAUCACCGAGGCCUACGUCGCCGACACCAUCAUCGCAGACAUCGUCGCCCACGACACCAUGGCGGAGCUGACUACAUCGGGGAGUCUUACCGUGGCAGUCGUGGCGGCGGUCGAGACCAGGAUGCAGAUCCUUAACGCCACUAUCGACACGCGCACCAAGACCUACCACUGGCGCAACUGGCAAACUGGCAUACGUCCCCGACUCGCGCGAACCUCGACAGUUGGCCACACCACGGACAAUAAUGAGACCGCGCGCGACUCCAGCAAGAAGCACGGCCUCACCGUCCUCGGCCCCGACGUGGAGUUCAAGGCCGCCGAGGCGAGGAUUAACACCCGCAGCCAUUACUCCAG